CUCUUAUGUCAAAGCCGGGAAGGAAGUAUAAAUACAAAGGGCUCGGCAGCCCACUCGGUGCUUCCCGGGGUGGGGAGGAGGCAGGGUGGAGGGCGGGCGCGCGCGGCUCGGGGCGCCAGUUGCUCGCGCUCGGAUCGGCGGGCGGGCGCAGAGGAGCGGGCUGCGGGGCCUGAGGGGCCGCCAGGGGACCUCGCAGCGGCCAGGUCCCCACGGGCUGAGUCACCCAACGACCUGAUUGAUUUCCUUUUUCCUAGAGGGAGCAGCCGGGCACUGCGUGCGCCGCCAGCACCUGCCCGCGCCUGGCGGCUUGUUCCCUCUCGAGCGCCGCAGCCGGAGCCCCCAUGCCCCGCGCCGCUCCCCAGUGGCCGCCGCUCCUGCUGCUGCUCCUGCAGCCGCUCGCCCUCGGCGCCCCGGCCCGGCCCGGAGCCCGCGACCCGGCCUCGGAGCUGGUGGUGCCCACGCGGUGGGCGGCCGACACGGACGAGCUGGCGCUCCACCUGUCCGCCUUCGGCCAGAACUUCGUGCUGCGCCUGGCGCCCGACGCCAGCUUCCUGGCGCCGGAGUUCAAGAUCGAGCGCCUAGGGAGCUCCGCCGGGGCUGCCGGGGGCGAGCGCGAGCUGCGAGACUGCUUCUUCUCGGGCACAGUGAACGGGGAGCCGGAGUCUCUGGCAGCCGUCAGCCUGUGCGGCGGACUGAGCGGCUCCUUCCUGCUGGAUGGCGAGGAGUUCACCAUCCAGCCGCAGGGCGCGGGGGACUCCCUGCACCGGCCGCACCACCUGCAGCACUGGGGACGGGGGGCGCGCGGCGCCCAGCCCCACCCCCUCCCUCGAGGACCCGAGGGUGACGGUCAGAGGCAGUACAGAGACGACGAGCUUGAAAAGGAAGAGGAGGAGGAGGCACAAGAGGAGGAAGGCGAAGAGGAGUCGGAAGGCGCGGGCGAGCUGCUGUCCCCCCUGGGGGGCGCGAGUAGGACCAAGCGGUUUGUGUCUGAGGCUCGCUUCGUGGAGACGCUACUGGUGGCUGACGCAUCUAUGGCAGCCUUCUAUGGAACCGACCUGCAGAACCACAUCCUGACGCUCAUGUCCGUGGCUGCCCGCAUCUACAAGCACCCCAGCAUCAGGAACUCUGUGCACCUGGUGGUGGUGAAAGUGCUGAUAGUGGAAGACGAGAAAUGGGGCCCCGAAGUGUCUGACAAUGGGGGGCUGACGCUGCGCAACUUCUGCAACUGGCAACGGCAUUUCAACCAGCCCAGCGACCGGCACCCGGAGCACUUCGACACAGCCAUUCUGCUCACCAGGCAGAACUUCUGCGGGAAGGACGGCAUGUGCGACACCCUGGGCGUGGCGGACAUUGGCACAAUCUGUGACCCCAACAAGAGCUGCUCCGUGAUCGAGGACGAGGGGCUCCAGGCAGCCUACACGCUGGCUCAUGAGCUGGGGCACGUGCUCAGCAUGCCCCACGACGACUCCAAGCCCUGUGCACGGCUCUUUGGGCCCAUGGGCAAGCACCACAUGAUGGCGCCCCUCUUCGUCCACCUAAACAAGACGCUGCCCUGGUCCCCCUGCAGUGCCAUGUACCUCACGGAGCUCCUGGACGGCGGACACGGAGACUGUCUCCUCGAUGCCCCCACCUCCGCCCUGCCCCUCCCGACAGACCUCCCUGGGCAGAGAGCGCUUUAUGAGCUGGACCAACAGUGCAAGCAGAUCUUUGGGCUGGGUUUCCGCCACUGUCCCAACACCUCUGCCCAGGACAUCUGUGCCCAGCUGUGGUGCCACAUGGACGGCGCCGAGCCCCUUUGCCACACCAAGAACGGCAGCCUGCCCUGGGCAGAUGGGACACCCUGUGGGCCCGGGCACCUGUGCUGGGAGGGCAGCUGUCUUCCUGAAGAGGAAGUAGAGAGGCCUAAGGCCGUGGUGGAUGGAGGCUGGGCCCCCUGGGGACCCUGGGGAGAGUGCUCCCGGACCUGCGGAGGAGGAGUUCAGUUUUCACACCGCGAGUGCAAGGACCCUGAGCCUCAGAACGGAGGAAGAUACUGCUUGGGCCGGAGAACCAAGUACCAGUCGUGCCACACGGAGGAAUGUCCCCCUGAUGGGAAAAGCUUUCGGGAGCAGCAGUGUGAGAAGUAUAAUGCCUACAAUUACACUGACAUGGAUGGAAACCUCCUGCAGUGGGUCCCCAAGUACGCAGGGGUGUCUCCCCGGGACCGCUGCAAGUUGUUCUGUCGAGCCCGGGGGAGGAGUGAGUUCAAAGUGUUUGAGGCCAAGGUGAUCGACGGCACCCUCUGUGGCCCAGAGACUCUGGCCAUCUGUGUCCGUGGCCAGUGUGUCAAGGCUGGCUGUGACCAUGUGGUGGACUCACCUAGGAAGCUGGACAAAUGUGGGGUGUGUGGAGGCAAAGGCAACUCGUGCAGGAAGAUCUCCGGUUCCCUCAACCCCUCAAGUUAUGGCUACAAUGACAUCGUCACCAUCCCAGCUGGUGCCACAAACAUUGAUGUGAAACAACGGAGCCACCCAGGAGUCCAGAACGACGGCAACUACCUGGCGUUGAAGACCGCCGACGGGCAGUACCUGCUCAAUGGGAACCUGGCCAUCUCUGCCAUAGAGCAGGACAUCUUGGUGAAGGGGACCAUCCUGAAGUACAGUGGCUCCAUUGCCACCCUGGAGCGGCUGCAGAGCUUCCGGCCCCUGCCUGAGCCUCUGACCGUGCAGCUCCUGACAGUCCCGGGUAAGGACUUUCCCCCCAAAGUCAAAUACACCUUCUUUGUUCCUAAUGACAUGAACUUCAGCAUACAAAGUGGCAAAGAGAGAGCAACCACAAACGUCAUCCAGCCCCUGCUCAAUGCACAGUGGGUCCUGGGGGACUGGUCUGAGUGCUCAAGCAGCUGCGGGGCCGGCUGGCAGCGACGGACCGUGGAGUGCCGGGACCCCAGCGGCCAGGCCUCUGCCGCCUGCAACAAGGCUCUGAAACCCGAGGAUGCCAAGACCUGUGGAAGCCAGCCGUGCCCUCUGUGACCUGUGCAGUGGGGCCAGUCUUGUGCUCAUGGACUCGGGGUGCCGGGAUACAGGCAAGUGUCCCCACCGUGGUGACUCUACGUGUGGAGGUGGCAUGGCCUACCCAGCUCUCGCCUGGCACCAGCCCCUUUGGCACGGGGAGGGGAAGAGAAGAUGGGCCAACAGAUCCUAAUGUCUACUUUCUAGGGGACGGGACCUUGCUUCGGUUCAAGUAGAGGGCAUAGGUUAAAAGGUGAAAGCAUACUUGUUGACCCAAACAGGAGACUCAGUCAGCCUGUUUGCAAAGGAUGAGCAAAGUUAAACAACAAAAAAAUGUUUUCUAUUUGGUUUCCCCUAUAAAUAAUCUACCUCAGAGGGGAAAAACUUAGUCCAAGAUAGGUGUGGGGUGGGGAGUCCACGGCGAAUGUCAAAGCAAGCUGCUAAGCUGGCUUCAGAAGCGAUCACAACUCUCUUCAGUAUUAAAAUCCGUCGCCUGAAGGGCUGCGGGGUUGCGGGGAGCCACACGCUCCCAGGCUUCCACCUGCAGGGUGGACCCGUUUCAAGUAUUUAUGCAAAUGCGUCUCUGAACUAAAGUGUGAUCUUGUGCCAA